AUGAGGAUAGAGGCUGGUGUAAGUGUGCCCACCGAAGGGAACAGCAACAAUAGUGCCAACAUAGAAAGCCAUAGUAGCGCCGCAUGGAUGAAAAAGAAAAACCAACCUUUUGCAGAAGACAAGGACGACAUCGGCGACUAUCUAAAGCGUUUUGAAAUUAAACUAGCAAAGUUUAACGUCCUAGAGAAGGAGUGGUCCGAAAUCUUGUUGGACUUCGUACAUGGGAAAGGCCUCACGAUUUGCCAAAACCACGACCACUCGAUGCAAAACAGCUAUCAGGUGCUAAAGAAGGAACUACUAAACGCAUACGGGCACAACGCGGCAACAUUCCGAAAGAAGUAUUACGAAAACACUCCAUCCAGCCAAGUUGAUCCACAAACAACUAUCAACUCAGAGAAAGACUUCUUCACUAAAUGGCUCGGAUUCGAGAAUGUAGAGAACACCUACGAGGGGUUGAGGAACUUUAUCUUGAUUGAUAAUUUUCUCAAUAAAUGCGAUCUCCAGCUGCAGUCUUUUGUAAAAGAAAGGAACCCAAAGGUGUUGGACGAAGUGACAGAAAUUAUUAGAACAUAUAAAAAGGCGUAUCCCAGCAACCCACUUUCAAAUAAAGACAAGAAAAAUAUUGACUUGGUGGGAUAUACACAGGAAAACAAGGAUAGGGGUAGAAGCAGAGGGCGAGAGCCACAACCCGUCAGAGGGAAUAGUAAUAGCGGAAGGGCUAAAGGAGUGACAUGUUAUACAUGUGGAAGGAAAGGGCACAUUGCAGUGAACUGCAUGAGGUCACAGAGCAGGUCCAGUGGUAGGAACAAUUACAGCAAUCGGAGUGGUUACAAUAACUACAGUAAUAACAGAAAUAAGGAAAAUAGAAGUAAAAGCAGAGAGCAGCAACCCAGAGGUGUGGACAGGGUGUACUUUGUGAAGGGGAACAGUGAUAGUUUCACAUUUUACCCAGGGUUCAUAAAUAAGCGGCCGGUACGGGCGGUCCGCGAUAGUGGCUGUAACACGAUCGUUAUCAGGAGUAACUUCAUUGAACCACAAGAUUAUAGAGGGUACCAGAGGAAGGUGGAGUUUGCGGACGGAAGCAUCAAGGAAUUUGAAGCAUUUAGGGUCUUCAUUGAGACGCCAUUCUACACUGGAUAUUGCGAGGGAGUCGCAAUGCCCGAGAUGAGACAAGACAUGUUAAUUGGCAAUAUACCAGGAGUGAAGGAGUGCACUACAGAGGAGCUAGCAGCAUGGCAAAACAAGUAUAAACAGAUGAACCAGAGCACGGACACCACGCCAUACGAGAGCAAUAUGGUCAUGACAAGAGCAGAGGGGAUAAGAAAAGCAGAGGCGCAAGAAAAUAGCAUAGAGAGUGGAUCGACGGAGACGAUGGAGCAACCAAGGGGAAACGGACUCGAAAACAACCAACUAGCAGAAACGGAAGAAAAUGAUUCAAGGAAAGAAGAGCAGGAGGACUUGGAAGAAACAAAGGAAAUACCCAGGUUUGCACAGGAGCAAAAGUUGGAUAACAUAGUUGGAAGGAUAUAUGCCAGGGUGGAAGACAAGAAGAAUAAUAAUCCAAUGGAAAAGUUCAAAGUUGAAAAUGACAUACUGUUUAGACAGACAAUACUGAAUGGGAGGAAAGUGAAACAGUUGGUACUUCCCCAGAAGUAUUGGCAAGACGCGCUUGUGAUUGUACACGACAAUAACAUGACAGCACAUAGCGGGACAAAGAAGUGCUUCAAAAACUUGUCCAGGCAUUUCUUUUGGCCAAACAUGAAAACCACUAUCGCCAAGUACAUAGGCUCAUGCGACAUAUGUCAAAAGAAAGAAGCUAAGGGACGGAUGGGUAAGGCACCGUUGCAGGCCAUGGAUGAACCAAUGGAACCUUUCCAGAAAAUAGCCAUCGACAUUAUAGGUCCAUUGACUAAAACGGAAAGUAAAAGCAGAUACAUACUAACAAUAAUUGACAUGUUUACUAGGUACCCGGAAGCGGUGGCAUUGUCUAAUAUAGACACGGAGAACAUUAUCAAUGGCCUAACACAAAAGUGGAUAACCAGGUAUGGGAUGCCGAAGAUAUUGCUGACGGACAACGCAUCUCAGUUCCGGUCGGAACAAUUUAAGAAGUGGAUGGAGCAGUCAGGCAUGCGGCAUAUGACGUCAUCGGUUUACCACGCAGAAGGAAACGGGACCUGCGAGCGGUUUAACGGGGAUCUUAAAAGGGCUCUGGCCAAAAUUGUUCAGAACAAUCAGAGUCAUUGGGAUCGGUACAUCAAUUUCGUACUAUUUGCACACAGGAAUAAUGUACACGAAGCCACACAAUUCUCACCCUAUGAACUAGUAUAUGGACGAAAACCUCGGGAUGAAGUUCAAAUUUUUAAGGAGAGUUUUAUAACCAACGUCAUUGCAACAGAAGAGGAUGAAGCAGUACUAGAUCUGAAGCAAAUUUGGAAGGAAGCCUACGACAACUGCUCCAGAUAUAAACACAAUACACGGGAGAGGGUGAACGAAAAAAGACAAAUAAGAAAUCUAGAGAUAGGAGAUAAAGUUCUGAUUCUGGUGAAUGAUUUGAAGAACAAGAUAGGCAAGCAAUGGAAAGGGCCGUACAUAAUUACUGACAAAACAAGCGCAGUGAAUUACAAAGUAGAUAUUAAUGGUAAAGUAAGAACACACCAUAUCAACAAUUUGAAAAGAUAUAUGGAAAGAGAUAGAGAGGAAACACAUGGAGAACAUAUGGAAGCAGAAAACAAUGGGGAACAGACAGAAGAAUGUUUACUAGUGCUAAUAGAAGAGGAGAACAAAGACAAUGAUAUUAAAGAUAUACCGCUGCUGGAAGUGAAUAAGAAUCAAACAUGGGAAAAACUUAACUUGGAGAACUUGUCACAGGAGAAAGCAAGAGAUAUACAAAAACAUGGUCUACAAAUUCAAAGAAAUGUUUUCGAGCUUGCCUGGGAAGACGAACGUUAUUAG